CUGCACUCGCUGUUGAAUGUCAACUAAUCCCUGCAGCAGAAUGGAGACCUGAGAGAGAGAGAGAGAGAGAGAGAGAAAAACAAAAAAAAAUCAAAAUCACACCGCCGAGGAGCUUUUGACACAUUAUAUUCAUUUUCCAGCAAUCACUUCAAAGCCGUAUUCCUGCAUUUUCAUUUUAGAUAAUGCACUUUACAUUUCUGUUUUUGUACAGUUUGUGUCUUUCUCACGCAGUGGAUUGGGAGUAUUUGGAUACAAAUGUUCCAUACCGGGAGGAUGAAAUUGACUACAAGGAUCCCUGUAAAGCUGCUGCCUUUUUGGGAGACAUUGCCUUGGAUGAAGAAGACCUUCUUAUGUUUAAAGAAGCCCUAAAAGCAGAACGCGCCCCUCUUGAUCAAAAAGUUAACAGUUCCACUUCCAAUGAGAUCAUCAGAAUUAAGAGAGCUGCACAUCGCCAUAAAGGAAGGAGGAGAAGGGCAGCCACAUCCAGAUCUGAGCGGGUUUGGCCAGACGGUAUCAUACCUUACGUGAUCAGCGGUAAUUUCAGUGGUAGUCAGCGGGCUAUUUUUCGUCAGGCCAUGCGACACUGGGAGAAGCACACAUGCGUGACGUUCACUGAGAGAACCACAGAGGAGAGCUACAUUGUUUACACGUACAGGCCUUGUGGUUGCUGUUCUUACGUGGGGAGGAGAGGCGGCGGUCCUCAGGCCAUCUCCAUUGGCAAGAACUGUGAUAAGUUUGGCAUUGUGGUGCAUGAACUCGGCCAUGUCAUUGGCUUUUGGCAUGAGCACACACGUCCUGACCGGGACGAACAUGUGAGCAUCAUCAGAGACAACAUCCAACAAGGACAAGAGUACAACUUCCUGAAGAUGGAACCAGGCGAGGUGGACUCACUUGGCGAGGUGUACGACUUUGGCAGUGUCAUGCAUUACGCCAGGAAUACAUUCUCCAGAAGUGUCUUCUUGGACACAAUUUCACCUCGUUAUGAUGUUAACGGAGGGCGGCCGCCUAUUGGACAGAGGAUCAAGCUUAGCAAAGGCGACAUUGCACAAGCACGAAAACUCUACAAAUGUGCAAGAUGCGGAGAGACAUUGCAAGACAGUUGGGGAAACUUUUCCUCUCCUGAUUUCCCCAAUGGCUACUCUUCAUACGUUCGUUGUGUGUGGAGGAUUUCUGUCACACCUCGAGAAAAGAUUGUUUUGAAUUUCACUGCCAUGGAUCUCUUCAAUAGUCACCUGUGCUGGUAUGACCACGUGGAGGUCCGAGACGGCUUCUGGAAAAAUGCUCCUCUGAAAGGCCGUUUCUGUGGAGACGUCGUCCCAGACAUCAUCACCUCAAGCGGGAGUCGACUUUGGGUUGAAUUCAGGAGCAGCAGCAGCUGGGUGGGCAAAGGCUUCUCGGCAGUCUACGAAGCCGUCUGUGGGGGGGAAGUGGAGAAGGACGGCGGUCAGAUCCAGUCCCCCAAUUAUCCUGAUGACUACCACCCCAACAAAAUGUGUGUGUGGAAGAUCACGGUAUCAGAGGGGUAUCAAGUGGGCCUCUCCUUCCAGUCGUUUGAGCUGGAGAGUCACGAUAGCUGUGCCUACGACUAUGUGGAAGUGAGGGAUGGCAACUCAGAGCUCAGCCCGCUGCUCGGCCGCUUCUGUGGCUACGACAAACCAGACAAUGUCAAAAGUAGCAGCAGCCAACUCUGGCUGAAGUUUGCGUCAGACAGUUCGGUCAACAAAGCCGGCUUCUCUGCCACCUUCUUUAAAGAGGUGGACGAGUGCUCCCGUCCCGAUAAUGGCGGCUGUGAGCAGCACUGUGUAAACACUCUGGGUAGCUACAAAUGUGCCUGCGAUCCUGGAUACGAACUGGCCAGUGACAAGUCCAGCUGUGAAUCAGCCUGUGGCGGCUUCAUCACCGAACUAAAUGGCUCCUUCACCACACCCGGAUGGCCUAAAGAAUACCCACCUAACAAAAACUGCGUGUGGCAACUGGUGGCACCCGUCCAGUACCGCAUUACGCUGGUGUUUGAUGUGUUCGAGAUGGAGGGCAAUGAUGUAUGCAAGUACGAUUACACGGAGGUACGCAGUGGCGCGAGCGCAGACUCAAAGCUCCACGGGAAGUUCUGCGGAGAGGAGAAACCGGAAUCUGUGACCUCACAACAGAACAAAAUGAGGAUCGAGUUCAAGUCCGACAACACCGUCUCCAAGAGAGGAUUCAAGGCUCACUUCUUUUCUGAUAUGGACGAGUGCUCUCAAGAAAACGCCGGUUGCCAGCAUGAAUGUGUGAACACCAUGGGUAGCUACAGCUGCCAGUGCCGCAAUGGCUUCAAGCUGCAUGACAACAUGCACGACUGCAAGGAAGCGAGCUGUGAUCACAUGAUAAGCGGUGUCUCAGGCACAAUUACCAGCCCCAACUGGCCUAAUAAGUACCCCAGUAAGAAGGCCUGCACCUGGGUUGUCUCCACCACUCCUGGUCAUCGGAUCAAACUUGCUUUCAACGAGAUUGACAUGGAGGCUCAUAUGCAGUGUGCUUACGACCAUUUGGAAAUCUUUGACGGGGCAGAUGUCAGCGCCCCGAGUCUGGAACGAGUCUGCGGUUCCAAGAAGCCUUCUCCAAUCAUCUCCAGCGGCAACACAAUGUUCCUGCGCUUCUUUUCGGACAACUCCGUGCAAAAGAGAGGCUUUGAGGCCUCAUAUAGAGCAGAAUGCGGAGGGAGCCUUAACGCAGAGGUCAAGACGAAAGAUUUGUACUCCCAUGCCGAGUUUGGAGACAACAACUACCCGGGAGGCUCCGACUGUUUGUGGGUCAUCUCUGGCCAGAAGGGUUACGGAGUGGCGCUCAUCUUUCAGGUGUUUGAGCUUGAGGAAGAGCUCAACUGUAACUACGAUUACGUCGAGCUCUAUGACGGAGCUGACGUCAAAUCCCCAAGGCUGGGACGAUUCUGCGGAUCUGGGACUCCAGAGGAGAUCUACUCAGCCGGGGAUGCGCUGGUGUUGAAAUUUCAAUCAGACGACAGCAUCAGUAAAAAAGGUUUCCACGUGCACUACACCAGUACAAAGUUCCAGGACACUUUAUACGUGAGCAAGUGACUCGAAACAUCAAAUGCAGACACAAACGUUUUGGUCGGCCGCACCCAAUCCCAGCGAGGAGUGAAUAGAUGAAUUUAUACCCCAAACGUGACAUUUACAGCAGACAAAUGACAUAUUUACUCUUUCUUACUGUGUGAUCAUUAAGGACUACUUUUACAUAAUUGUAGGUGCAUACGUUUCCACGUGCUGCCUUUGUGAUCUUUUUUUUUUUUAGCCCUGUGAGCAUUUAAAAAACACAUUUAUACAGUCUGUAUAAGAACUAAAAUACAGUACUGUAUGAUACAGUGCACUUCUACAGAACAUUACUACAACUACAAUAAUAAACAUAUUGUUAAUACCUGUCAUGAUAUUUUAAAUGUAGUGUAGUUUAUUAUGUUUUCUUGACCAUCCACUCUUAUUGGGUCUAAUUAGUAUUAAUAAUUAAAGCAGUGCGGUUGUAUAGCAGUGUUUUACACUGCCAAUACAAAUCCCUGCAUUGUACACAUUACACACAGUAUUUGUGCCAGUUUCAACAUCAGUCAAUGUUUAUAUUGACAACUACCACGCAGCACCACCAUAACUUCAAUGGAGGCUGGGAUUUUUGGAUGAUAUGCUGUAUGCCAUGGCCGUAUACAUUAAGCCAGGGGUCUCAAACUCAAUGUACUUGGGGGCCACUGGAGCUCGGGUCUGGGCGAGACUGGGCCGCAUCAGGUUUAAAAAAAACAACAAAAAAACGCAUUUAUUAAAAACAAAAAAAUGUUAAAAACUUUGCUUUGGUUCCAAUUUUCUACAAUAAAAGCUCUGAUAAAACAUUCCAUUGUUCUCAAAUAUCUUACUUUUUAUUUUUCUACACAAAAUAAGAUGAAAAAUAAAUAAACAAAUCAAGAAUAAAGAAAAUCAAUCAGUAAUAAAUAAAUAUUAUA